CUUGUAUAGUUUGAACUUUAGCGCCUGUACACAUAUUGCAAGAAUCGACAACUCCUAGCGAAUGGAACGUUACUCAACAGCAGCGACAUUAUUUCGAGCAUUGACCCUGGAUUGGAAGUUAACCAAGGCGGAAGAGUAGUAGUGUGUGGACAGCCCAGCUGCAGCAUGUUGCAGUCAGCCUACAGAGAUAACUUCUGCAGUGUGGAGCCAGAUGAGGUGCUGGAGGCCAAGCAUUUACCCCAGAAGAGGGAGAGGGGGCGGAGCUUCACAGACAUGGAAAGCAGCGUGACCGUGGGCCAGUAUGUACUGUGCCGCUGGUCUGAUGGCCUAUACUACCUGGGGAAGAUCCAGAGAGUGAGUACCUCCAAGCAGAGCUGCUUUGUCACUUUUGAAGAUAAUUCAAAAUUCUGGGUUCUCUGGAAAGACAUCCAACAUGCUGGAGUUCCGGGGGAGGAGCCCAAAUGCUCAGUCUGUUCCGAAAUGGUGCUGGUAUCCGACAAUGAGAUCCUGAUAUGUGGAAAAUGUGGAAUAGGUUACCACCAGCAGUGUCACAUGCCACAGGUGGAGAGCUCAAUGGUUUUGUCACCAUGGUUUUGCAGGAGGUGCAUCUUUGUUUUAGCUGUGCGGAAAGGGGGAGCUCUCAAAAAGGGGCCCAUAGCAAAAGCACUGCAGGCCAUGAAGCAGGUGCUUACCUACAACCCAGAAGAGCUGGAAUGGGAUUCCCAGCACCACACAAAUCACCAACAGUGUUAUUGCUACUGUGGAGGACCUGGAGAGUGGUACUUGAAGAUGCUGCAGUGUUUUCGGUGUGAACAGUGGUUCCAUGAGGCCUGUAUCCAGUGCCUACAGGAGUCCAUGAUGUUUGGAGAUAGGUUUUACUUGUUCAUCUGUUCCAUGUGUAAUAAAGGAGUGGAGUACAUCAAGCGCCUGGCCCUCCGAUGGGUGGACGUGGUGCACUUGGCACUUUACAACCUGGGAGUCCAGAGUAAGAAGAAGUACUUUGAGCUGGAGGAGAUCCUCAACUUUGUCAGCAACAACUGGGACCAUUUCCAGUUGGGCAAGCUCUCCAAUACUCCUCCAACAGAAAGAGGCCAAUAUCUCCUUGAUGCUCUGAACAACUACAAGAGCAAGUUUCUCUGUGGGAAGGAGAUCAAGAAGAGGAAAUGCAUCUUCCGCCUGAGGACCCGCGUUCCCCCCAACCCUCCCUCCAAACUGUUUCCUGAGAGGGCUCAGAACGAGGGAUGGAGAGGACGAAAGAAAGGCGCAGGCAGGAACAGCUCUCUCCCUGCAGAGAAGAGGAGGAAGAGAAGAUCAAAAUGGCUGCUGGAGGACGCCAUCCCCAAUAAUGACCUGACCUCCACCUGGAGCACCAACCAUCACAUGGCCAACAUCUUUGACUUCACCUUGGACGAGUUACAAAGUCUCAAAAGCACCAGCUCAGGACGGACCUUCAGUCUGGACCUGGACUCCACAGACGCGGCUAGUACCACAGGAUCGGCCACCACCAGUGUCUCCUAUGACCUCAGGAAGAAUGUUGGCAGCCGUAAGAGGAAGCUGCCCACCUCAAACUACACGGUGCUGGCCACUAAGAAGGAGGUGGUGGAGAACGAGCUGAGCCCUAUGGAGCAGAGCCUGCCGGGAGAGGAGACAGCCUCCGUGAUGCUGGACAACGCCAUCGACAGCCACACCUUCGACAGCAUCAGCGAGGACGACUCAUCCCUCUCCCACCUCAAGUCCUCCAUCACCAACUACUUUGGGGCGGCGGGGCGGCUCACCUGUGGAGAGAAGUACCAGGUGCUGGCCCGCCGGGUCACUCUGGAGGGGAAGGUGCAGUAUCUGGUGGAGUGGGAGGGCACCACGCCCUACUGACCUGGCCGACCAGACAGGCUGUCUUCAGUUAGGUGUUGCAGAGAAGGGGGGAGUAAAAGGCAAGAUCAGCCUAGCAAGGCCUACCUAGUUGUACUCAUUUAAUUGUUUCAUGUUGCUUUCUCUUGCGCUACAGUACUAUUUCAGUAUAUAUGACAAGUAAAAAUGGUUGUUCUCUUCCACCAUAGCUAAGGUUUUUAUUAUUUAAUUUGUAGUUCAACCGGAAUGUAUUGAACAGAAACGUAAAGAUUGAGUGUUUUUUUUAUAUAGAUACAUUGUCUGUUUGGUAGCGUCCUCUCAAGCAUUUUCAACAGUAACACAGCCUGAAAAAUAGUCCCAUGGGGCACAGAUGUAAAUUCAAUGGCUAUUCCAAGUUAUUUCGUUGAUUCAACCAAUGUGUGCCUAUUGGGGUUUGCCUUGGUCUUAACCGGAUGAUAGUUUGAGUAGAAGAUUUGUGAUGGUACUGUAAAGGUAACGUGAGAUAUGGCUCAGGGGUCCAAGAAAUAACAAUACCACUGGUUCUAAAGGAUGGCAGCAAAACUGUUGAAAGAGCACUGCUAAAAUGGACUGUCAGUGUCCCUAAAUUCAAUUCAGACAACUUCCAAUAAUAUUCUGCUCUAUUAAUAGUUUUUCAGUGUUUUUUUUUUUUACCUUAUGUUUUGAAUUGUUUCUCUUUUAACAGCAAUAUGCCAUAUCCAAGCAACAUUUAACUUGUAGCAAGUUAUAUCUUUGUCAUUGUUGUGCCUCUCCACUGAUCAAUGAAACCGCAGUUUAACAGCUUUAUCUACGCAGUAAUGUCAUGCCAAGUUUAAAAGCUGAGUAACAAACACAUGUUUUUAUGAAUGUUAUCACUUAACAGUCGGUUUAUACUUGGUCCUUUCAUUUUCAAAUGUGUUUAGAGACAGUUUUACCGGAUGGUUAGGGGAACAAGAGACCAAAGCAAAUACUACAAGCAUAUCUGAUAGUGUUCCUGGUUUUCCUUAUAUCUCUAGUGGUUUAUGCUGACAUAGGUCAUUUGGCUUACGUAGAUGCAAAACUGUUGUAUUUAAUGGAAAUUCAAGGUAGGAGAUGGAGAACUUAUUUUAACAUAGUACUUUUAGACACUGUAAGAUCUUUUUUGACAUUUGAAAUAUAGAAAGUUAGAAUGAGAAUAUUCCUUUAGUCAUGGACUUUAAGGGGGAGUCUUGAUCUAUGCUCUUACAAUAUCCAAAGAUGACUUUAUAUAUUACUCUCCCACCUAUAGAUAUCUCUAUGUUUCCUCAAGAUAUGUAUUUGUUUUGUGCCAGACUGUUAGAUAUCUUUUCGCUGACAGUGAAACCUGGGGCUGUGUACAUUA